CAAGGCUUUUCGUGUUACUCUAUAUAUAUAACGUUCGUGUCGCAGUUUUAAUCAGCAAAAACUAUGUGUACAAAUAAUUCGGAAAAAUCGAGGGAAGAGAAAGGAGAGAUGGAAAGUAGUAGUAGUAAGAGUUCAUCAUUAAAAAUAAUAUUGAGAUAUGCAGACAGGUUAGAUAUUUUGCUGAUGGUGUUGGGCACAUUUGGUGCGGUGGGAGACGGACUGUCGACGAAUUGCUUGCUCGUUUAUGUUAGCCGACUUUUUAAUAGCUUGGGUUUCGGUAAUUCACCUCAGAACCAUGGUCAAUUCAUGCACGAGAUUGAAAAGUGCAGUUUAUACUUUGUAUACUUGGGACUAGCAGUCAUGGCAGUAGCAUUUAUGGAAGGUUAUUGCUGGAGCAAAACAAGCGAACGACAAGUUUUAAGGAUUCGUUACAAGUAUUUGGAAGCCGUUCUUAAGCAAGAAGUCGGUUUCUUCGAUUCACAAGAAGCAACUACUUCUGAAAUCAUAAACAGCAUCUCCAAAGACACUUCUCUCAUACAAGAACUCCUUAGUGAGAAGGUGCCGAUAUUCUUGAUGAACAUGUCAAUGUUCGUAUCGGGACUUGCAUUCUCGGCCUACUUCUCGUGGAAACUAGCAUUAGUGGCAUUUCCGACAAUCAUUCUCUUAAUAAUUCCGGGCUUGAUAUACGGGAAAUACCUUGUGUAUCUAUCGAAGAAGAGCUUCAACGAGUACGCGAAAGCGAACACUAUAGUGGGGCAGGCGUUGAGCUCCAUUAAGACGGUGUAUGCAUUUACUGCAGAAAGGAGCAUUAUUGAAAAGUAUUCGUCGAUAUUAGACGGUGCUAAAAAGCUAGGAAUAAAGCAAGGAAUUGCGAAAGGGCUUGCAAUCGGAAGCACUGGACUUUCAUUCGCAAUAUGGGGUUUGCUUGCUUGGUACGGAAGCCGUUUGAUUAUGUACAAAGGUGAAAGUGGCGGGAGAAUUUAUGCAGCCGGCGUCUCGUUCGUCUUGGGUGGACUAGCGCUAGGAGUGGCACUACCUGAAGUGAAAUACUUCACCGAAGCAUCAGUUGCAGCAUCGAGAAUAUUCCAAAGAAUCGACCGAAUCCCACAAAUCGACACAAAUAACGGACUCGUCUUGGAAAAAAUAAGAGGAGAAAUCGAAUUCGAGCGCGUCCAAUUCACGUACCCCUCCCGCCCGGACGCACUUGUACUCAACAACUUCAGCCUCAAAAUCGAGGCGGGGAAAACGGUAGCUCUAGUAGGUGCAAGUGGAAGUGGAAAAUCAACGGCGAUUGCGUUAGUGCAAAGAUUCUACGAUGCAAGUGGCGGAUCGGUGCGCAUUGACGGUGUUGACAUAAGAGCAGUUCAAUUGAAAUGGCUGAGAGAGCAAAUGGGACUUGUUAGCCAAGAACAUGCCUUGUUCGGAACUUCGGUCCGAGAAAAUAUCUUGUUCGGAAAACUCGACGCCACCAUGGAUGAUGUGGUGGCUGCCGCCAUGGCUGCUAAUGCUCAUAAUUUCAUCCGGCAACUUCCACAAGGGUACGAGACUAAGAUUGGUGAGAGAGGAUCACUAUUAUCGGGUGGACAAAAGCAGCGGAUUGCGAUUGCUAGAGCUAUUAUAAGAAAUCCGGUGAUUCUUCUCCUCGACGAAGCAACGAGUGCGCUCGACUCUGAAUCCGAAACGCUUGUUCAAAAUGCUCUAGAUCAAGCAUCCAUGGGCAGAACAACACUGGUUGUCGCCCAUAAGCUCUCAACGAUCAGAAACGCAGACGUGGUUGCAGUCGUAAGUGGCGGCAGUAUAGUAGAAAUCGGCAGCCACAACAAUCUAAUCAAAACAAACGGCCACUACGCAAGAUUGGCAAAACUUCAAAGACAAUUCAGUGCACUCGAUCAAGACCAAAGCAUUGUCGAACCCCGUUUCUCUUCCGCCGCAAGAAGCAGUGUUUCAAGAAGAUCAAGCCCUGCCUCUUUUGCUUCACCAUUGUCUAUUAUCAAUAACAACAACAACAAUAAUAAUAAUAAUAAUUAUCCUCCCCCAUCCAUGUAUAGGCUACUCUCAUUAAACUCCCCCGAAUGGAAACAAGCCGUAAUCGGUAGCCUCUCAGCCGUAAUUUUCGGCACAGUGCAGCCACUCUACGCACUCACUAUCGGAGGCAUGAUUUCGGCUUUUUUCUCACAAAGCCACGCGGAAAUGCAAGCUCGUAUCGAGAGGUACGCUCUCGUUUUCAGCUCGCUCUGCCUCGUCUCGAUCACGCUAAACCUAUGCCAGCACUACAACUUCGCCUACAUGGGAGAGUGCCUCACGAGAAGAAUAAGACUUCGCAUGCUCGAGAAAAUGCUUACGUUCGAAGCUGCAUGGUUCGACCAGGAGCAGAACUCGAGCGCCGCACUGUGCUUCCGACUGAGCAACGAGGCUUCGAUGGUGAAGUCAAUUAUAGCCGACAGGCUCUCCCUCCUCAUUCAGACAACCUCUGCCGUAACAACUGCAAUGAUAAUCGGUCUAAUCAUCGCAUGGAAACUCGCGCUUGUAAUGAUUGCGGUGCAGCCACUGACGAUUUUCUGUUUCUACACGCGAAAAGUGAUACUCUCCACAAUUACGGGCAAGUUCGUCAAAGCGCAGAAUAAGAGCACUCAGAUCGCUGCUGAGGCGGUCUACAACCACAGAACGGUGACAUCGUUCGGAAGCAUCCAGAAGGUUCUAGAGAUAUUCGACGAAGCGCAGGACGAGCCGAGGAAGGAGGCGAGAAAGAAAUCUUGGCUAGCUGGGGCGGGCAUAGGUUCGGCCCAAGGCCUCACGUUCAUUUGUUGGGCAUUGGAUUUUUGGUAUGGAGGAACAUUAGUGAACAGAGGAGAAAUAUCUGCAGGGGAUGUUUUUCGAACGUUCUUUAUUUUGGUGAGCACCGGAAAAGUUGUCGCCGAAGCUGGUAGUAUGACUUCUGAUCUGGCUAAGGGAUCGGCAGCUGUUGCGUCUAUAUUCGCAAUCCUCGACAGACAGUCACUAAUCCUAGGAUCAUAUAAUGGUGGAGAUAAUGAUGAGAACAAGGGAAUGAAGCUAGAGAAAAUGAGGGGUGGGAUAGAAAUUAAAAGGGUUGAUUUUGCGUAUCCGGGGCGGCCACAAACGCUUGUGCUACGUGAUUUUAGCUUGGAGGUGAAAGAAGGAACGAACAUUGGGCUUGUUGGGAAAAGUGGGUGUGGGAAAUCGACGGUGAUAGCACUGAUCCAGAGAUUCUACGACGUUGAUUGUGGUUCGAUUAAGGUUGAUGGAGUUGGAAUAAGGUUGUUGGAUAUUGAGUGGUACCGUAAACGAAUGGCACUUGUUAGCCAAGACCCGGUGAUAUAUUCAGGCAGCAUUAGGGACAACAUAUUGCUAGGCAAGAUUGAUGCCUCGGAGAAUGAGGUCGUCGAGGCUGCCAGAUCAGCAAAUGCUCAUGAAUUUAUCUGUGCAUUAAAGAAUGGGUACGAAACGGAGUGCGGAGAGAGGGGGGUUCAGUUGUCGGGGGGCCAGAAGCAGAGAAUAGCGAUAGCGAGAGCGAUUAUACGGGACCCGAUAAUACUGUUGCUCGACGAAGCGACAAGUGCGCUUGAUGUGCAAUCGGAGCAACUUGUGCAGGAAGCGUUGGACAGAGUGAUGGUGGGAAGGACAACUGUGGUGGUUGCCCACAGACUAAAUACGAUCAAGAAUUUGGACUCGAUAGCUGUAGUUAUGGACGGAAAGGUGGUCGAACGAGGGAGCUAUAGCCAGCUCAAAAACAAGAGGGGUGCCUUCUUCAAUUUCGCUAGCAUCAGCGUUGCCAUUCAAGGCGGUGUAUCGCGUCCUCUUUAAUUUAGCACUUAUUUGAUCUAUGUUAAUAAGAAAUUUAUUCUGCAGGCUGAAUUGAGUAAUCUUCUUUGAAUAACAAAUCUAAAUUAGGAUAAUAUCAGUUUCAUCGAUCUUUUAGUCAA